AUGGCCUGGGUGUGGAGCGUUAUCCUCUUCUGCGUAACCGUCUGUUCAGGCUACCAUAUUGGAAACGUGUCACAGAAGUGUGUCGAUGACACGGUGGUGUUUCUGACGGAACUAGAGGAAGCUCAGCCAAGCAGAUAUGCAGUAUUAAUGUAUGAUUCCUUUGGCAAAAUGGGCAGUGACAUUGAGGCUGGAAAUGUGAACAGGCCUGGAUCACGGGAAGAAUGCCAGUUAGCCAGCGGUCCUGGGUUCAAAGGGCAAUACUGCCAGGUGUUUUUAAAACAGGCCCCGAUCCAGUACUUUGUUGGCGUUUGUGUCCCAGACUCAUGUGAAGAAACAGAAGUUCAGACACUCGUUUUUUAUGAGACAUUCCAGCUAGCUAGCAAGUCCCUGAUCCCCCCAGUCCCCCCUAUAAUCCUGCCUGACUCCAAACAGGGGGUCUACAUGGCUCAGUGUUUCACCCACACCCCACCGGACUUCUCUGUCAUCAUCAGCCUGUUCGUGUGCUCCUUGCUGAUCGCCAUUCCUCUGGUGGCGACCGUGUACGUCGGCGUCGUCCAGUGCAGGCAGUGGAAGGAGAUCGACCCCUGGAGCGGUACAGCCCUGAGCACGAACUUCAACCACUACGGCACCCUCAUGCCCAACGGCUCCGCCACCACCAACAACAACGGCUGCAUAUUCCCCGAGGCAACGGACAGCUGCAAAUCCAAGGAAGACAAACGGACAAAAAGCAAGUACACAGCCCUGCUGGGAAAAAAAACAGCUCAAGCUUGGUUUUUAAACAGCUGUGCGGCCGGCCUGCUGGGCACGGUGAACGCGGGGGGGAACUACGCCUCUCUGAACGGCAUCCGCAUCCUCAGCCUGCUCUGGAUCAUCAGCGGACACAACCUGCAGUUCAGCACCUGGAACAUGGAUAAUUACAAGAGAUGGAGGGAGAGAGUGGCGAACAACCCCCUGUACGUGGUUGCCUACAGUGGGCCAGUCUAUCUGUCUGUGGACACCUUUCUCCUCCUGGGAGGACUUCUGAGUGCAAAGUCUUUUUUGGCCCUAGUUCAGAGGGCAGAUGAUACGAUAAGUCUAAGGCUGGUGGCCAGUUUCUUGUUCAAGAGAUUAAGAAGGGUCCAGCCCCUCCACAUCUUCAUCGUGUGUCUGACCAUCAGCGUCUUCUCCAUGGUCCAGAAUAACUCCUACGACUCCAUCACACACAACGAGCUGCAGCACUGCAGGAAGUACUGGUGGUCCAACGUUCUGCUCAUCAACAACCUGCUGCCCGUCGUUGACAUCUGUGUUCCCUGGUCCUGGUAUCUCUCUGUGGACUUCCAGUAUUACACGACAACCCCCCUUCUGGUGUUCCUCUACAGACGAAAUAAAUUCGCCAUGUCUGCUCUCGCAACCAUUCUCCUGCUGAUCUCCAUCCUAGCCAGUGCCUUCAUAACGGCCACAGUGCAACUCCCAGUCCACCAACCAACAACACUGGACUAUGCAUCCUUCUAUGAGUAUUACUACAACAAACCUUGGACCCGGUAUGGCCCAUAUUUGAUUGGGGUUUUUACAGGGAUAUUCCUCAAUACCAAGAAAUCUCACCUUUUAAAACAUCAGUGGCAGGCUGCCCUCGGCUGGGUCUCCUCGGUGAUCGUCAUCGCUGCGCUCAUCGCCCUGUCCUACGUCCUGCGGGACGUGCCGGACCAGCCCUCCAUACCCCACGCCGCCUACCAGGGGCUCCACCGCACCCUGUUCGGGCUGUGCGUGGCCUGGGUGAUUCUGGCCUGUGAGGAGGGCUACGGAGGAUUCAUCAAUAAAAUGAUGUCACUGAAACUGUGGGUUCCUCUGUCAAACAUCAGCUAUGCCUGCUAUAUGAUUCAUCCCCUCAUUAUCAUACUGUACAACGGAAAACAAGACACACCGACACAUUACAAUGACAUCAACUUUAUGUACCUGUUCUUGGGGCACACAGUGUUGUCAGGACUUGUGGGCUAUGUCCUGACUGUGCUAAUUGAGAAGCCUUACAUGUUCCUGAAAGGUUUACGGGGAUAAAUACGGAUUUAUUGGACUCAACACAGACCAGCUUGGACAGAGAAAACUGUUCCUUCAUGAUUCUGCAUUGAUAUAUGGUGAUUUUUCUUGUGCAUUCUUCAACAUUGUCAAUAUAAUUUCCAAUUUUAAUUAAUCUAUUAUUUUAUAAGUGUGAAAUGUUGAUUGUGCUGCCAGAUUGUAAAGAAUAGUUUUGUUAGUAGCUCUGAAUCAGUUGCAUAUGUAUGUUAAAUAGUGGAGCGAUGUUUUAUGGUGCAACAGUACAGUACUUUGAGGGAUGAAUUUGAAAAAUGUGUGUUUGUGGGUGUUUAUUGCACUAUGGACUUUAUGUAGCACCGCACACAGAUUUGGCUGGCCUCCUUGUGUGUCAAAUUCCAAAGGCAGAGUAGUAGUAUUGUGUUUCAGUGGUCCAGCUGAGUGUCGGUGUAAAGCAUUCAAUCCAAUGACUUUCAAUCCAAAGCGCAUAUUGGAAAAACUGAAUGCGGCAGCAGAAUCAUAGGUCGUGUCUGCAUCCUGUUAAAUUCAAACAGGUUGUUCAU